UGAAGAAGAAAAAGAACACAAGAUCGGAUUACAAGAUGGCGGUCUGUGGACGUUAGCAAGAAGGCCGUUGGAGUUGUUGUGUUCUCUGUAAAAAAAAAAAUAUUACUGAGUGAUAACAGGCCUCCUGGUCGAGUAGUUUCACACCGUGAACGUAAUGUGUUUACGAAAUAUCCACUGAUACAUUGCACUGCUGUUGUGAACUUUACUGAGUGCAUGUUUUAUAACAUGCGGGUGGACACAAAGUUAACAAGUCGAGGCUAGGAAAACGCCAGACGGGGGUGAGGUGAUAGCUUGUUAGCAGACCGCUAGCCAGCUAGCUCCGACUCGGGUAACUAUGUCGGACACACGGCGGCGGGUGAAAGUGUAUACGCUAAAUGAAGACCGGCAGUGGGACGAUCGGGGUACCGGACACGUUUCGUCUACGUUUGUUGAACGUCUGAAGGGAAUAUCAUUAUUGGUUCGGGCCGAAUCGGACGGAUCUCUACUGCUGGAGUCGAAGAUAAGCCCGAAUACUGCAUAUCAGAAACAACAGGACACACUGAUUGUCUGGUCGGAAGCAGAUAAUUACGACCUUGCCCUAAGUUUCCAGGAAAAGGCUGGCUGCGAUGAGAUAUGGGAGAAGAUUUGCCAGGUUCAAGGCAAGGAUCCUGCCCUGGACAUCACCCAGGACCCCAUUGAUGAGUCUGAAGAGGAGCGCUUCGAGGAGAUUCCGGAGACAAGCCACCUGGUGGAGCUCCCUCCUUGUGAGCUCAGCCGACUGGAGGAGAUUGCUGACCUGGUUACCUCUGUCCUGUCUUCGCCCAUCAGGAGGGAAAAACUUGCCCUGGCUCUGAUGAGUGAGGGCUACAUCAAGAAACUCCUGGGUCUCUUCAGGGUAUGCGAGGACCUGGACAACAGGGAAGGUCUACAUCACCUCUAUGAGAUUGUCCGCGGUGUCUUGUUUCUCAAUAAAGCGGCACUCUUCGAGGUGAUGUUCUCUGAUGACUGUAUCAUGGAUGUGGUGGGCUGCCUCGAGUAUGACCCUGCGCUGGUUCAACCUAAACGACACCGGGAGUUCUUGACCAAGACAGCCAAGUUUAAGGAGGUGAUCCCCAUCACAGACUCUGAGCUGCGGCAGAAGAUCCACCAAACCUACCGGGUGCAGUACAUCCAGGACAUCAUCCUGCCCACACCAUCUGUUUUUGAGGAGAACUUCCUGUCCACGCUCACCUCCUUCAUCUUCUUCAACAAAGUGGAGAUUGUCAGUAUGUUGCAGGAGGACGAGAAGUUCCUUACGGAGGUCUUUGCACAGCUCACAGAUGACGCCACAGAAGACUGUAAAAGGAGGGAGCUCGUAAACUUUGUGAAGGAAUUCUGUGCUUUUUCACAAACCUUGCAGCCACAAAACCGGGAUGCUUUCUUCAAAACUCUGGCCAACCUAGGCAUUUUACCUGCUCUCGAAAUAGUCAUGGGAAUGGAUGACCUGCAGGUGAGGGCAGCAGCUACAGACAUCUUCUCUUACCUGGUGGAAUUCAGCCCCUCCAUGGUCAGGGAGUUUGUCAUGCAGGAACCACAGCAGACGGACGACGAUGUUCUGCUUAUAAAUGUAGUGAUCAAGCAGAUGAUUUGUGACUCCGACCCAGAGUUAGGAGGGGCCGUCCAGCUGAUGGGUCUGCUCAGGACGCUCAUCGACCCAGAGAACAUGCUGGCUUCCACCAAUAAAACCGAGAAGACGGAGUUUCUGAGUUUCUUCUACAAGUACUGCAUGCACGUCCUGACUGCUCCUCUGCUGGCCAACACGGCACAUGACAACAACUCAAAAGAUCUGCAGGAGGGAUCCACUAAGAUCAAACCCGUCUGUCCAGACAACUUCCAGACAGCUCAGCUGCUGGCGCUGAUUCUGGAGCUCCUGACUUUCUGUGUGGAGCACCACACCUAUCACAUCAAGACCUACAUUAUGAACAAAGACCUGCUCAGGAGAGUGCUGGUGCUCAUGAACUCAAAACACACCUUCCUCGCUCUUUGUGCCCUGCGUUUCAUGCGCCGGAUCAUCGGUCUGAAGGACGAGUACUACAACCGCUACAUAAUCAAAGGGAACCUGUUUGAGCCAGUCAUUAAUGCCUUGUUGGACAACGGCACCCGAUACAACCUCCUCAACUCGGCCAUCAUAGAGCUCUUUGAGUUCAUCAAAGUGGAGGACGUCAAGUCUCUCAUUGCUCACAUUGUGGAUAACUUCUACAAAGCACUUGAAUCCAUUGAGUACGUCCAGACCUUCAAGGGCCUGAAAGGCCGAUACGAGCAGGAGAAGGACCGGCAGAGCCAGAGGCUCAACAGAUAUCGCAGAGACGCGCGGUCGUUGGACGAGGACGAGGAGCUGUGGUUCAACGACGACGACGACGAUGACGAUGGCGAGGCCGUGGAGAAGAGCCGGAUGGAGGAGGAGUUCUCCGACAGCUACGGCAAGUACAUGGAGGCCAAAAAAGGAGCUGCCAACGGCUCCAACGGUGCCAACAACGGGAAAGCUGCCGUGAUCCCACCUGCCUCAGCAGCCCUCACUCCCAACAACGGUUCCACUUCCUCCGUAAAGACCGUCGCUCUCCCCGCCACGGCAGUAGUGAAGACCGCUAUGGUUGGUUUGGUGGACUACCCUGACGACGAGGACGAAGAGGAAGAAGACGAGGAGGAGGAGGAAGAGCAGUCUCCAAGGAAGCGGCCCCGCCUGAGCUCUUAAGGCGAAUUGUCCUCUGUUCGGUCGGAUACUUGAGUCCCUCCCAUCCUCCCUCCUCUGGUCGUCUCAUUGGUCCUCGGCCUGCCUCUGCCACCUGUCUGUCUCAAAGAGUGACGGGCAGAGAGGAGCUCCCACGUCCCCCGGCCCCUCCUGAUCUCUGCUGCUCGCUUCUUCCUCAGCGGAAAGCGAUGGAGUGUUUUCUCUUGGAUAGAAAAGACAAAUCAGUCUGUUCCUUCAGCCUGUUGAUUUUACCUCUUUUUAUAACAGCCUCCUCUAGCAGAUCCCUAAAGACCCCACCCCACUUUUUUUCCUUUGUUUUCCUGAGAGGGAAACUCUUCUCACUGCAAUCUCACUGCUCCUCUUUUGUAACGCUCUCCCAGUUCUGACCUCCUUCUGAACAACUUUCUCCACCACCACCUCCUCCUUUGCCCUUCCUACGUACCGACCAGAGGGGCUUCGGUGGACGUAACGUUGCCAAGGCGGUUCCCAACUCUGCUCUGUUGUUGUAGCAACAAGAGCAAGGAAGCUGCGGUGCUACAGCAAUCCCACAGGAACGUGUCCUCAUUUGGACUCUCCCUUCCAUCCUUCUCGAAGCCAAACCAGUGAGCUGCAGAGGACGAGGAAGCCUGACCACAACCAGCAAGUGUAGGAACGCUUCACCGGGCCAGUCAGGCUAGCAGGACUAGCCGUCGUAGUGAUAGAAAGCUUGACUGGCUGAGGCAGCGUGCGCCUCCCCCCCCCCCCCCCCCCCCCCCCUCUCGUCACAGAACUGUUGGCUUUUGUCAGGGAUCGAGGGGAUGUGGGCGUCAUCGGAGAUUUGAAUGAAAUGUCGAGAGGCGGGGGAGGUCACAAGUGUACCAGGAUGAAAUAAAAAACUUAGAUCCAGAGGAGCAGGACUCAAACCUACGAAAGCCAUGGUGCCAAUAUGGCCAUGGCGCACACAUAAAACACACACACAGCGUCUCACACACAGGGACUGCGUAUGCCAGAAAUCCUGUAUUUCACAACUUUGUUCAAAAGUACUGUACAGAUGUUUUUUUUAAUUCUUUUUUUUUUUUUUAAAUCAUUUUCCCUGACCUGAUUUUCAAAGGGGAGUGAGAGAGAGACCUACCUACUUGUGUAUUUUUUUUUUUUUGUUGUUGCACAAAGGGUGGGGGUUCCUGUUCACCCUCUCAGUCCAUUUGGUUCAAUGUAAAAUGCAGCGAAGUUGCAAAUGCUGGUUUUAAAAAUAACGUAUUAAAACUGCAGUAAAGUCAUUUUUGCAGCCAACAUUCUGAGGGUGUCCGGAGUUUUGUAUUUUAGUGAAUCGAGCGGCAUCUUGAUGCACACGUUGGGUGACACGCCUGCUUGAGACCCUCAGGGUCAGAGUUCCGUGUGAGUCGGCCCUCCAUGUCAGAGCUGUGUAGUGCUGCUAGGGGUUGAAACACCAUGAGGGGGGGGGGGGAGGCCUUAAGGUACUGAGAGCUUUGAUCCUCAGUUUAAACAUCUGUUGAUCUCUGGCCUGUGGCGUGGUUUACGCAUAAGCAGUUUUUUCCGCAGGUUUGAGAAUGUUUCUCCCGAUGCAUCUUCUCUCCCGCGUCUCACCACAACCACGCUCCAGCGGCGGCUGUACGAAGGGGAGGAGUUACCAUUAACCACAAAUGCCACGUCACACAGAUGUGAGCAGCAGGGCCGGAGCGCUGUCCAGAAUAUUAUUGCCAAUAAUGUGCUUUCCAGGAGUCCAGCGACUUGUCUUUCCUCCUGUUAGCGUCCCCUCCCCUUGAUGAAUUUGUACCAAGUGCAUUUACUACCACUAUCCAUUCUUAACAUUUGUAUGAAUUCAUUUGAUAAGUUUUGAAAUUAAAUGUGACCCUGACAUUGAA